ACGGCGUGGAUAAAGCAAGAUGGCGUCUGACGCUGAAGACGUUAUUGCAGUCGUCACAGUUCAGUGUUCUUAAUCUGUGCCUCCAUGUACACAUAUAUGUCCUUUAUUAGACUCUAUUAAAUAGCGUAAACAUCGUUAAUAACUGUUUGCAUCCGGUUAUAUUAGUCUGAGCGCACUUCGAUGUUUCUCGAGCUAGUUUGCUUGCUAGUUAGCUUAGCUUGUUAGCUGCUAACAAAGAGAGGCGGAAGUGAUCAAAACACAUCGCUAAGUAGAGAUCAAGUGUGAGUGUAAAGUGUUGUGAUUGUGUGAAAAUGUGCGAAAGAACGAUAGCAGAGUACGAAGAGGAACUUUGUCCAACAAAAGAGGAGAAGGAGCGACAACAACAAAAACAUCAAGUUGUGUUACACAGAACAGACAUCCAUCAGCUGAUUGAACACCAAGAAGAAUGUCUCCCUCAUCUGCAGGGGGACAGUUUCACUUUAGAGUAUCCACAGCCCCUCUUUUUUAAAGAGGAAGAGGGGGGAGAGUGUCCUGUAGGGCAGGAGGAGGCUGAUCUCAGCAAGUUUCCACUGACUGUUGUCUCUGUGAAGACUGAAGAGCAUGAAGACAAACCACCUGAGUCCUCACAGCUUCAUCACAGUCCAAACGUCCAGCAGUCCCCUCACAUUAAAGAGGAAGAGGAGGAAGUGUGGAUCACUCAGGAGGAAGAGUGUCUUCUAGGGCAGGAGGAGGCGGAUCUCAGCAAGUUUCCACUGACUGUUGUCUCGGUGAAGACUGAAGAGCAUGAAGACAAACCACCUGAGUCCUCACAGCUUCAUCACAGUCCAAACGUCCAGCAGGUGUCAGCAGAGAGUCAAGAAGAGAUUCCCUCCAAGCAGCAGGAGUGGAGCUCCAGUGUGGGACAGAAGGAGCUACAGGCCCCCUCCCACAUUAAAGAGGAGCAGCUUCAUGAUGAAGAUGAAGCUCAGUCCUUACAGCUUCAUCACAGUCAAAGUGAGAAGUACAGAGGAGCGGAGCUUGUAAGUCAACACAUCACAGAAGCUGAUGGAGAGCAUUGUGAAGAUAUCAAGUCAGAACCAGACAGCAUCUUUGCUCCACUGUCAGACAUGGACCACAUGUUGUCAGACUCUUCUGAUCACAGUGACCACAUCCAAAAACAUUUUGAGAGUAAAAAUGACUCUAAAGGGGCACGAUGGUGGUGGUCUUGAAGCAGGUGGGCACAACAUCUUGUGCAAGUGACGAGUUGUACAUGUCAGCAAGUACGUCAGCCAGCUCUGAUGAACACACCCUGAGGGCCUGGCCAGGGAUGUUGUCUGGGCCGGCUGCCUUCCGUGGGUUUGGUGUCCUCAGAACUGUACGUACCUCUGCUGUUUAAUAUAUAUUAAGUACAUUUUUAGUGUAUGAAUAUUAAAUAAAUGUUUGAUGCAUAAAUAUUAAAUACAUGUUUAGUGUAUAAAUUAAAUAUUUUUUUUGUGUAUACAUAUUUGAUACAUGUUUGGUGGAUGAAUAUCAAUUUCAUGUUUAGUGUAUGAAUAAUAAAUACAUGUUUGGUGUAUGAAUAUAAGUGAAUGAGAAACCUAACUUAUGUAUAAAAAUACAAUAAAAUACAAAAAAAAAAAAAAGGAAAAACGCUGAUAGGGCUGGGCGGUAAAAUGAUAAAUAUUUAUCGCAAAACAUAAAUUUAAAAAAAUUAAAAAUUCCGAAAAAAUCCCCAAAGUGCUGAGCCGUUAAACUAUGUCAAUAUAUAGAAUGACACAUAGAGAGAAAAAUAGAAAAAUAUGGAAAAAAAGCCAAUAUGGCUGGGCGAUUAAACGAUGUCACUAUAUUUUGCAAAAGACAUCAAAUCGAAAUCAAAUUAAAAAAAAAAGUAAUUUGAAAAAAAAAAACAUGGAGCUGGGCUGUAAAAUAAUAUAAUAUAUAUAAUGAUGGACACAUCACUGAUGUUAAAAAAAUAGGAAAAUGGCCAAUAGGGCUGGCCGAUAAAACUAGACAAGGACUGAGAGUGCGGGGGAGAGAGGACCAGACUUUUGAAGAGGGAACGUGCGCCCUCCAGUGGAUUUUUGCCACAACUGCACACACAAACAAAUUCAUUAUUUCCAAGUGUGCCUUAUUUAGUGUCCCAGACUUGGCAUCGGGGGAAAAGUCAUCAUUAUUUCCGAGUGUCCCUUAUUUAGAGGAGCAGACUCAUGAAGAAACAAGUCUGGCUAUUGCCCAAGUGUCUUUUAAUGACAGCAAUGCACUCGGGACGGAAUGUGCGCCCUCCUGUGGACUUCUGCUGCAACUGCACACACAAAGAAAUUAAGUAUUUCCAAGUGUGCCUUAUUUAGUGUCCCAGACUUCCAAUUCCUCCUUUACAUGUGUAGUGUAUAAAUAUUCAUUAAACAACUGUUUAAUAUAUGAAUAUUAAAUGCUUGUUAAGUGUAUACAUAUUAAAUACCUGUUUAGCGUAUAAAUUACAUUUAUGUUUAGUGUAUAAUUAUUUAAUACAUGUUUGGUGGAUGAAUAUCAAAUUCAUGUUUAGUGUAUGAAUGACCAGACUUAUGAAGAGAGAAUGUGCGCCCUCCUGUGGACUUCUGCCACAAUUGCACACAAAGAAAUUAAUUCUUUCUGAGUGCACCUUAUUUAGAGAAUGAUAAAUACAUGUUUACUGAAUGAAUAUUAAAUAUAUGAUUAGUAUAUACAUAUUAAAUAUAUGUUUAGUAUAUGAUUAUUAAAUACAUGUUCAGUGUAUGAAUAUUAAAUAUGUGUUAAGUGUAUGAAUGUUAAAUACGUGUUUAGUGUAUAAAUAUUAAAUACAUGUUUAGUGUAUGAAUAUAAGUGGAUGAAGAACCUAACUUAGGUUAAAAAAAAUAAUAAUAAAAAAAUAAAAAAGGGCGAUAGGGCUGGGCGAUAAAACGAUAUCAAUAUUCAUCGCAAAACAUCAAUUGAAAAAUAAAUAUUCAGAAAAAAUCCCCAAAGGGCUGGGCUGUUAAACUAAACCACUAUUAAGCAUGACAAAUGGAAACAAAUAGAAAAAAAUGAAAAAAUGCCGAUAGAGCUGGGCGAUUAAACAAUGUCACCAUAUGUUGCAAAAGACAUAAAAUUGAAAUCAAUUAAAAAAACAGUAAUUUGAAAAAAAAAAACCCAUAGGGCUGGGCUGUAAAACAAUACUAUAUAUAAUGAUGGACACAUAACUUAUGUUAAAAAAAUAGGAAAAUGGCCAAUAGGGCUGGCCGAUAAAACUAGACACAUAUCUUAUGUAGGUGGGGGGGAAGGGGGGGGGGACACUUAUUAAGAGGGAAUGUGCGCCAUCCUGUGGACUUCUGUCGCAAUUGCACACAUAAAGAAAUUAAUUAUUUCCAAGUGUGCCUUAUUUAGAGAAUAAUGAAUACAUGUUUACUUUAUGAAUAUUAAAUAUAUGAUUAGUAUAUAAAUAUUAAAAAUAUGUUUAGUAAAUGAGUAUUAAAUACAUGUUCAGUGUAUGCAUAUUAAAUACAUGUUUAUUGUCUAAAUAUUAAACACAUGUUUAAUGUAUGAAUAUUAAAUACAUGUUUAAUGUAUAAAUAUUAAAUACAUGUUUAAUGUAUGAAUAUUAAAUACAUGUUUAGUGUAUGAAUAUUAAAUACAUGUUUAGUGUAUGAAGAAAAAUAUAUGUUCUCUCACUGUUAUGUUGGAUCCACUAUAGACUGGACUUUCAUAAUAUCAUGCUAGACCCGAUCGACAUCCAUUGCUUUCGGU